CUCGGCCUUCCGAAACGCGCGCUCUUGUCGAGUGUGCUCGACGUCUUCAGAAAUUUAGGAUGGCUAGCCCAAGGACACGGCGAGUGCUAAUGGAUGUCAAGAAAACAAAUGCGAACCAUUUAUGUUUCGAAUGUGGGUCGCCAAAUCCUCAAUGGGCUAGCGUUACAUAUGGUAUUUGGAUAUGUUUAGAGUGUUCAGGAAAACAUCGUGGAUUGGGAGUUCAUUUGAGUUUUGUUCGCUCAAUUAACAUGGAUAAAUGGAAGGAGUUGGAGUUGGAAAAAAUGAAAGUUGGAGGCAACAGACAUGCUAAGGAGUUUUUCGUUUCACAACCUGAUUACAGACCUCAGUGGAGUUUUCAAGAAAAGUAUAAUAGUAAAGCUGCUGCUUUGUUGAGAGAUAAGAUUGCAACUGAAGCGUCUGGUGAGGAUUGGGACGAAGACGCCGCUAAUAUACGUAAUAAUAAACCUACCAGUAUAAGUCAUGUAAAAACAACCGGUGAUCUACCAUCUUUAUCCUCAGAUAAACGAAACUUUCAUAAUCAUAAUGAUUAUCAAACCCCUGACUAUUAUCCUGGAUCAAACAAAAUGACCAGUUGCCGUUCAGAUUUGGAAUCCUGGUUAAGGGAUACAAACUUAUCCGAGGAGCAUGAUUCAUCUAAAACACCAGCAACGAAGACAACAACAACUUCUGCCAAUGCACGUUAUGAUAAAGUUCCAGAUUGGGCUGACUCUAAAUUUAUGGAUGAUAAUGGUAAAUAUACGAAUUCUUCGUCUAGGCAUUAUUCAUUAGUACCUGAACGAAAUGAUAAAUACUCAUGGCAGUCAGGUUGGGCAAUGGUUAGUCAAGUGGCCUCAGUAGCUGCUAAAUGUACCAGUCAAUUAGCAUCUCAAGCAACACAAAAAACCAAAGAAUUAACUCAAUCCGUUCAGGAAAAAGUUAAAGAUAGCAAUAUUUUGGAUUCAUUAUCAAAAGGUGUUGAUACUGUUACCUCAAAGUUGCAAACAGUGAAAGCGCAAGGAAUUAGAAGUUUUGAAUCAUAUUGGACCAGCAAUCCUGAAUCAGAUCUGUCUACCGGAAAUUUUGACAAAUCAUAUGGGUCUACUCUCUUCAAUAAUCGUGAACAAGAUCGUUCCAGUUCAAUGUUUCUUGAUCGACACCUACAACAUGGAACCGAUUCGUUUAAUAGAAGUGAAGGAAAAGGGGCUUCAUUGUCGAAUACCAAUUGGAAUAACAAUGAAACCUGUGAUUGGGAUUUAAGCAAUGAUCGUGGAUGGGGAUCGAUUGAUGAUGAUGGUUGGUCUACUACAACUGCUGAUGGUGGUAAUUCUAGGACAACACUAACUAAUGAAUCAGUUGUACGACGUGAUUCCAAACUUGAAAACAAUGGUCACAAUCGAAGAAGCCGUAAAAAUUCUUAGAUUCAAUUACUUGAUAAUUUAAAUUCUCCCAAUCUUUUUUUUGUUUUUGUUUUGUUUAGAAGUGUGAUCAAGGUCAUUUAUCUUAUCUUGUUUGUAUACUGUAACUAUUCAUUUCUUGGCUCUUUUGUUUGUUUGUUUUUGAUUGAAUAAAAAUUGUUUUUUCCCCCUAUUCUUUCUUUAAUUCAAAAUAAUGUAUAAUUUAUUUUCAAUCUGAAGAAAUCUCUUUCAUUUACUAUAUAUAUCUAUCUUGAUUUCGCUAUGUAAUCUUUAUAUAGUAGGAAUUAAAGAUGCACACAUCUAUAAAUUCUAAUCACUUGUAAUGGUAACUAAGCCAAUGAUCUUUCUCUUUUUGAUUUCUUGUCUUUUUUGUUUUAAACCCAUUUGGCGUUUUGUACGAUAUUAGUAUCACUAAUUCAGUAGUAGUACUGUGUUUGGUAUGAGUGAUAUAUAAUGUGAAACGUUUGCACGGUUUAAGUAAAAAUCAUCUUUUAUGUGGUUACGUUUGUUGUUUUUUUUACAGACAGAUGUGACUUAUUCAAUAUAUUCGCUUGUUCAAUUUUUGUUUGUGUUACUCUGAUUCAAUUAUUCAGUAAUGAGGCUUAUAAUUUAUGAAUGGUGAAUUUAAAUGUUGUUCAAUGACUUACUUCUAUGAAGAUGGACCGUAGUAACAACUGGGGUGGUCUUUGUUUAGCAAUUUCAACACAUGGAUCGGUGAUUUAUUACCGGUGUAUUUAACUUUUAAUGAUUAGAUUUUAGGUUCAGAUCUAUCUUAUUUCUAUGGAUAAUGUCAAUAGGUCCCACGUAGAACAGUGCAGUUUAAAUUUGAAUAGAUGGAUUUGUGAACUAUUGAUGAAUUUGUAGAAGUCCUGAGUCUUGUGCGAAAUUGUUU